AUGAGUAUGAUUUCGUUUAUAAAAAUCUUAUUUAUAGAACCUCUUUUGAUUUAUAAAGGUUGCGUAGAAUCCACUGGAAGUGAAUGUAGUAAUAAUGGUUGGACUAAUGGCAAUUAAGUAACUUAAUGUUAAGGAAUAAAUUAUAUGGGAUCAUAUACAGGAGGACAUCGAAUUUAGAAAAGAUUUUGGUGCCCAUCAGAUAAAAAGAUGAAACUUUCAUUCACUUUGGCUAAAUUUGAUUCCUGGGAUGAAGAAUCUGUUUUUAUUUACUAAGAUGGCUAACUAAUUGACAAAAUUACUCAUGCUCCUUUUGAUGGAUCUAAUUUGUGUUAACUUUGGUUCCCAGACGUAUUGGAUUACAGAUCGUAUAAUUUUUAGUUGUCAAAAGGAUAAAACUAUGUUACCUUUUCAUUAGUUGAUAAUUUAUAAACUGAGAGCGAAGGUAAUGCUAAACCAUCUAAUUAUAGAAUCAUGGGGAAUUAGAGAUAUCAAAUUACAGGUUGUUAGUCCCUGUAUAGAUUUUUAUAGUGAAUGUAAUUAUUAGGGAGAUUUGUGGAAAGUUUGCUAAGGAAAUCAAACAAUAUCUGCUAGAUAUAUACCUUUCAAAAUAAAAUCAAUUUAUAUGUUAGUUAGUGGCGUUGAAGUUUAGUUCAAAGACCCACAUUUUAAAGGAGGAAUUAAAUAGACUUAUACUACAGAUUAAACCUGCUUAGAUGAUUACCAUGUAAUUUAUAAUUAUUAUACAUAAAGUUUCCAAAAUAUCAAAAUCUGCUAUGA